UUGACGUCAUUCGUUGGUGGCCAGACACUUGGCAGCUGCGCAGUGCCUGGCGUGUGGUCAGUAGCUGCUUGUCAGGGUUUUGCGACCAAGCAGACAAGGACAGUGAGGACAGUAAGACUCACUUGCACCUAUUAUGUGAAUUGUAUCCCCGUCCUGCGCUCCUUCCCAUUAUAGAGUAGUCUGCCCAGCGCUUUGAGGUGCUUUAGCAUCAGCCUUCUGCCUGCGUAACAUCUGGAGGCGGCGACUUGAGCCUUGUGCGCAUGUUAUGCAGCUGAGACUUUGAGGGUCUGCCCUGCUCAAGACAGGAACGAGAGGUUCGCUGAGGCUACCCCAGCGGCUCUGGUCGUCCCCACUCACAGCCUUGCUCCUUCCACUGCACUCAUGGCGGCGCCUGCGCUGACAUUGGUGUCAUUUGAAGAUGUGGCUGUGACAUUCACUGCGGAGGAAUGGAGGCAUCUGGAUCUGGCCCAGAGAAGCCUAUACCAGGAAGUGACGCUCCAGACCUGUGAGCUCCUAGUCUCUCUGGGGCAUCCUGUUCCAAAAGCAGAGCUGAUGUGUCUCCUAGAGUAUGGACAGAGACUGUGGAUGAUGAAGAGAGCUCUCCUACAACACACCUGCACAGGGAUCGAACUCACGACUGCCUGCAUGCAAGGUCAGAAAGCAAAAGCUGAUACAACAGAGCCCACUGAUUCUCAGCUGGCCUUCUCCAAGGAAUCCUUUUACCAAGAUCAACUGAUACAGAGAUCCUCAAGGGAUUCCAGGUUGGGGCAUGCCACACAUGAGGAAAGGCUAUUAGAGACACAAGAAGGGAACCUGAGGCCAGGAACAGACCUCUCUAAGGAGACAUUCUCUGGAAAGCUAAGCCACAAACUUGAUAAUUUAGAGACAGGUGAUAACCUAUGUUUAAGAGUUUCACAGGAACAAGUCAUGGCACAAGAUGAUAGCCAUGAACAUGACUCUAAAAAGUCAGGGAAAGAACAUUUGAUUAAAGCAAGGAGCAAGCCCUAUAAAUGCAAACAAUGUGGAAAAGGCUUUAGCAAGAAUUGGGCCCUUACUCAGCAUCAACAGAUUCAUACUGGCAUGAAGCCCUAUGAAUGUAAUGAGUGUGGGAAGGCCUUCAAACGCAGGUCUCACCUCAUAGAGCAUCAGCAUAUACACAGUCGAGAAAAGCCAUUUUUGUGCAAAGAAUGUGGGAAAGCUUUUUACUACAGUUCUUCGUUUGCUCAACACAUGAGAAUUCACACUGGAAAGAAAUUUUAUGAGUGUAAUGACUGUGGAAAGGCCUUUACUCAUCGCUCUACUUUUAUUCACCAUAAUAUGACUCACACUGGAGAAAAACCCUUUAUAUGCAAAGAAUGUGGAAAAGCUUUUGGUCUGAACUCUUCCUUCACUCAACACAUGAGGAUUCACACUGGCGAAAAGCCCUAUGAGUGCAGCGAAUGUGCAAGGGCCUUUGCUCAUCGCUCUACUCUCAUCAGGCAUAAGAGAACCCAUAAUGGAGAGAAACCCUUUGAGUGCAAAGAGUGUGGCAAGGCCUUUCGUGACAGUUCUUCCUUAAUUCGGCAUAUGAGGGUUCACACUGGUGAGAAACCCUAUGAAUGCAAUGAAUGUGGUAAGGCCUUUACACAGCACUCUGCUUUUAUCCGACAUAAUAGGACCCACAGUGGAAUAAAACCUUUAAAGUGUAAUGAAUGUACAAAAGCCUUUUACUACAGUUCUUCCUUCAUUCGACACAUGAGGAGUCACACUGGAGAAAAGCCCUAUGUUUGCAAAGAAUGUGGAAAAGCCUUUACUCAAACUGCAAAUUUUGUUCGGCAUUAUAGAAUCCACACUGGUGAAAAACCCUUUGAGUGCAAAGAGUGUGAAAAGGCCUUUGUUGACAAUUUUGCUUUAACUCAGCAUAUGAGAACUCACACUGGUGAGAAACCCUUUGAAUGCAGUGAAUGUGGAAAGACCUUCAGGCAUAGUUCAUCCUUUACUCUUCAUCGAAAGAUUCAUAGUAGAAUUUAAAAGGUAUUGAAAGGCCACCUGGACGUGGUAGCACAUAGCUGUAAUCUCAGCACUUGGGAAGCUGGGGCAAGAAGAUCACUGCAAGUUUGAGGGCAGCCUGGGUUAUGUAGUGAGUUCAAGUCAAGCCUGUACUACAAAGAAAGACCCCAUCUCAUAAAUAAAUAAAUAAAAAGCUAUAGGAAGAACUUUUAAAACAGUGUUCUUAGUCAACUUGAGUGAACACAUUUUGAAAUAUCUUUUCUUUUGAAUGUAACAAUUAAGGAAAAUAUUUUGAACAGAGAAAAACCAGUGUCCAUAAGUUCAUAUUGAAAAGAAACAAUAGUCAUCCCCUUGAAAACUUUAUGGUAGGUCAUCUCUUGUCAUCUAAAGUAUAUUAGAAGUUGUCCCAGCCUGAACCUUAUGUCACAUCUGAAAAUUGCCCAGCAAAGAGUCACUGCGGUUAUUAUGUCUUUAGGUAAAAUGUUAGCAACAAUUUCUUUUAAUUUAUACAAAUAUCUAACUUGGUUAUUUUUUUUCUUUUCUUUUCUUUUCUUUUUUUUUUUUUUGUACCAGGGAUCGAACUCAUGACUACAUGCUUGCAAGGCAGAUGCUUAUGCCUCAGCCCUAACUUGGUUAUUUUUUUAAAAACUAAGAAAUGAGCCAGGCAUGGCUCAUGCCUGUAAUCCCAGCACUAAAGAGGCUGAGGCAGGAGGAUCGUUGUGAGUUCAAGACAGUGUAGGCUACGAAGUAAGCUCAAGGCCAGCCUGAACUGCAUAGUGAGACCCUGUCUCAAAGCAAAACAAAAAACUAAGAAAUGGAGAAUGAAGUGUAAAAGAAAUGUAUGCAUGCAUUCCUUCCAAUUUCUCUGUCAAGCCAGGGUAACAGGUGAAAGAUUAAAAAGGGCUCAUCCCUCUUAUGUGUUUUUUAUAUAUCUGUGAUCUGGAGAAUUGACUCAUAAGGACAACUUUGCCAACAUUUAUUAAGAGCGUUCUUUGUUAUAAUACAUAAUUUUUAUCUUCAAGUAGUUUUGGUAGUUGUUAAAUACCUAGAUGCAUGCAAACAUCUUCAUAGUUACAGGGAAUUCUUAUUCCUGGUCGUUAUGUUAUAUGAAUUUGAAACACUGAAUUUGUGAAUUAGAGUCAUUGUUGCCAGGGAAAAUACUUGGUUAGGUUGUUGGGAGCCUCUGAUCCAAACAUUUUCAUCAACCAUUAUAUAGGUUGGGUGGGGGAUUUAGCUCAGUGGCAUAAGGGCCUGCUUGGUCAUGAGUUCGAUCCCCAGUACAAAAAAUUACAUGUUGUUUUACAUGUUUUCUCUAUUUAAAGAUACAUUAAUACAUGUUUCUUAAAAAUUAUAAUUUUUCUUUAUAAUAAAGUAUUUUAACUAUA